AUGGCACUCGAGACUUACUUCGCAACUUUGAAACUAGAAAGGGGAGUGAGCAGCUUCACUCUCGUCGAAGAUGGUGCAACCCGAAGAACCCCCACCAGUCCUCCCAGGCAAAACGACUCACGUCAAGCUCUCAGAGACGCACUAGCAAGAACAUCCGCCACAAAGUUUUCCAUUGAUGAAUGCGAUGAGCCUCUCUAUUGCCCCACGAGGCAAUUAAGUUCCGGAUUUUCCUCUGAAAGCGUAAGCGCUGAUUCACUUGAAGUGCUGAUAAACAUAAGCGCUGGUUCACUUGAAGCUCUGCUGAACAUCGAUGACUCUUAUCGAACAGCAUCUCCAAGCAAAGAUCAUCUUGCUCUGGAGAAAACAGCAGAUUCGAGAUGGUCGUCCGAAGAAUUCAAGAAUCAGACCGACUACCCUAUGCACUCACUAGUUGCAACUAACAUCAGAGCGCAACCUUGGAGAGGAGGCGCAUUCCCCUCCUCUGCUUGA